AUGCUCCCCUCGCUCACCCGGCGGCCGUCCACGCUCCCGCCCCUGCCCUUCGCCCCCACCCCCUCCCCCCACCAGCCGCUCUUCCGCCCGACCGAGCACGUGACCGUCCACCAGCCCUGCCGCGUCAAGACUGCCCUCCACCCCUUCCGUCACGCAGACCUCCUCCUCGUCGUCUCACAAGAUACUGCCAGAGAUCAUCCCGCCGAGGAAGCAGCCGUAUUCCUCAUCUCCCACCAGAAUCCCCUCCACAUCUUGUACAUCAUCCCCGUCUCCCAACAUUUCACACACCGUAUCGAACAGACCCCUCCUUCCCCCUCAGCCUCCUUCUUCCACCAAAGCGCACGACCUCACACCACCCUCAUCCUAUCUCUUCACGAGAUCCAGCUCGAGCUGCGCAUCCCUGCCACCCAAUCUCGCGACGUCCAGCGGCUCGUCACAGAACUACGCCGAUUCGUCGAGCACUCAAAGAAGGUCGGGUGCCCGCCCAGCUUGAGUCACGCGUGGACGGGUCUUUAUCCUGUUCAGACGCCGCAAGAAGAGGCGCGGGAGGAUGUGGAGGACGAUCCGGUUGUUGAUGAGGAGCAAGUCGCCGUAGAGGCUGAAACCGUGGGAGAAGCAAAGAAAGAGGAACAGAAAGGUACUGCAGAAUCGGAUGCUGUGAAGGAGGAUACCCCUGAGCCCCAAGGUAACGUCGCUCUGGCUGUCCCAGCCCGAUACUCAUUCCAAUCAGAAACACCGGCAUCAUCGAUACCUCUCGAAACCCCCGCCGACCUCCCCACAACCCUCACCAUCAACCACAACCUCCCCUCCUCCCCCCUCAACCCCACCUCCCCAAAUUUCAACCGCCCCUCCUACCUCCGCUCCCACGUCCUCUCCCAAUCAUCCUCCUACACCUCCACAACACCCCUCAAUAUCCGUUGUGCGACGUACAACGUCAACAACAAAGUGCCCCCCAAGGGAACUACCGAACUUGCUGGGCUGGUGGGGCGGGGGGAGGAGGAUGUGAUUGUUGUGGGGCUGCAGGAGGCGGAUUUGAGGGUUGGCGCGAUGUUUGUGGGGCAGGGGAAUACGAGGGCGGAUUCGUGGGAGGAAGCGCUCUUGAACGGACUAGGACCCAAGAAAAGCGAAUUCGAAAAGGCAAGUAUCCCUUAUCCUUCAUUAAUAUCCAACUGA